CCUGUCCAACUUGGCCUUGGAUGCUUCCAGGGAUGGGACAGCCGUGGCUUCUCUGUGACAGGGCCUCAAGCACCCUCACAGGGAAGAAUUACUCCUAGUAUCCAACCUAAAUCUGUGUUUUUUCAGGUUAAAAAUCAACCCUCACUCAGCUUUAGAUGCUGCUCAUGUUCACGGGGAGGUUGAUUGGGUAGCUGCAAUCGUGGUUCGUGGAUAAACAUCUGUGGGCUUUGGUUCUUCAUUGUCCAGAUGCCAGGCCAGUAGCAGUUGAUGGACAGCCCAUCUCCUGGGUGAGGCCAGUUUCACAGUGGCUUCCCUGACCAGGUUCAUGAACCACCCAGCUCCAGCCAACAGCCGCUACAAACCCACUUGCUAUGAACAUGCUGCUAACUGUUACACACACGCAUUCCUGAUUGUUCCUGCCAUCGUGGGCAGUGCCCUCCUCCAUCGGCUCUCGGACGACCGCUGGGAGAAGAUCACAGCAUGGAUGUACGGGGUGGGGCUCUGCGCCCUCUUCAUCGUCUCCACCGUGUUCCACAUCGUCUCCUGGAAAAAGAGUCACCUGAGGACAAUGGAGCAUUGUUUUCACAUGUGUGACAGAAUGAUGAUCUAUGUCUUCAUUGCAGCAUCCUACGCACCAUGGUUAAAUCUCCGUGAGUUGGGACCUCUGGCAUCUCACAUGAGAUGGUUUAUCUGGCUGAUGGCUGCUGGAGGAACCCUUUAUGUAUUUCUCUACCAUGAAAAGUAUAAGAUCGUUGAACUCUUUUUCUAUUUAGCGAUGGGAUUUUCUCCUGCUCUGGUAGUGACAUCCAUGAGCAACACAGAGGGACUGCAGGAGGUGGCCUGGGGAGGUUUGAUCUAUUGCCUGGGCGUGGUGUUCUUCAAGAGUGAUGGAGUGAUCCCCUUUGCCCACGCCAUCUGGCACAUCUUCGUGGCCACAGCGGCUGCUGUCCAUUACUAUGCCAUUUGGAAGUACCUUUACAGAAGUCCUGCAGACAUCAUUCGUCACUUAUGAGAUUGUACAAAAAAAUAAUCUGCACUUGGCCUCUGUAACAGUAUUAUUUGACUUAAAGAAUUUGGGGGAAUUGGAAAAAUUGCACAGCGAAACUGCACUGACUUUGGUAGUUCUGUGAACACAAUUACUGUGAACUGAUGUUUGUGUCCUGCCAUUUCCCAUCACAUGGCAAGUGCUGUAAAUAACCAAGAUACUGUACUGCAGUAACCAAGAGUCCAUUCCACAUUAGCAGAACUGGCUACCUGAUGUUUACAAACAAAUUUUGUAUGCUAGUUUAGUUUUACAAUUUUUAACUAUGUGAAUUUUUCUAAAUUAGUGAUUCAAAUGGUGAAGUCAGUGCAAUAGUGAAAACGUAAUGCUCUUGACAUGAAAUUGGUUUCUAUCACCUUUCCAUGGGUCAUUUCUUAAACAUGAAUCAGAGACAACUAAUCUACUUUUACCACCCAUUAUCUUGGUAUAAUGUGACUUUUAUAGAAACUUUUCUGUGUUUUUUGUAAACUUUAAAAGUACAUUUAUUGAACUGAAGACACACAACUGUCAUCUAUGCAGUUAUUCAUGUUGCAGUCUCUUGCAAGAAAUGGUUACAUUCCACACCCUGUUCUGAGGAGCAAACAUUGUACCUCUUCCGAAGUUUGUGUUGCAGCUGUAAUUGUAAUAACCACUUUUACAAACUAAAACCUAAAUGUGAUUCUGCUGAGUUCUAACAAGGCAGCGUUCUGCUCAUUUACAGUACCACUGAACCAGACCUUAAGUUGGCUUUAUUUGUGAUGAAGAGCUGUAAAAGGAGUAGCUGAGGUGAUUUUCUCCUCCAAGUUCCCAGCUGUACCCAUGCUGCCCAGGGUGGGGGCUCGUGUGGUAAUAUCCCCCAUCCAGGGCAGGGCCACUCAUUUCCCCAGCCCACGUACACACACGUGGCACUGAGACCUGGGUUUCCAAAGGGACUUAAACUGACUGCUCCCACCAGCUUUUGGUGGGGUGGUUCUGCCUGGAAACCCAGGUGGGAGCAGCAGGCAGAGCAUUGCUGAGCACCCAGAGCUCAGGGCUCUUCACAAGCACAGGGAGCAGAGCCUGGAGAACUUGGUCGGGUGUCACUUGUCAUCCUGGGACUUCACACAGAGUCUGACUGGUCUUUGUCACUGUCUGUCUGUACAGGAAAUCCAGCUGUGGUAGCAAGUCAUGACUGUAGGACAUGUGCUGAAAUGACCAGUGUAGAAGAGUCCUUGUAAUCCUGUUUGUCCAAUAAUUGUAUCCUGUCCCACUAUGUAAUGAAUGUCUUAUAUUAAGAUUGACUUUAUCCUUUUUCUAAUUUACUCAGUUUUACAUGUCAGUAUUUAAAAACAAAACCAAAAUGUGUUGCCUUUUUCAGAUUUUGUUCUGGAUCUUGCCUGUCUGCAAACAAUAAAUAGCAAGAUAGGGAUGUUUCAAAGGUCCUGUUCCGCUCAGAUUUGCCAGAGGGCCGCAAGUUUUAGAGUAUUUACAUUUGUAUAGGGAAUUUACCAGAGGGACAAACUUUAAAUUCAAGACAUUGAAGAAUUGCUGUGUGGUGGUAGCAGGUGAUCAGUGAAGUGGCAGCACCACGGCAAACUCAAACUGCCCCAAAAGAGAGCAAAGGGAACAGCUGGGCAGGUGAUUCUGCUACAACAGUCCUGCAGAUCUGGAUGCCUCAGUUUUUUAACAUUGUGUCUAUUUUAAUAUUUUCCACUUUUUGUGAGUCCAUAUAUUUUGUUGAAAUGCAGUACUAAAAACCACUAAAAUACAUGUAAAGUUUUUCUGUAGUCAGAAGUUAAACUAUUGCUUGAAUAUGUUUGUUUUAAUUUUAAGUUAAUUUUUCAUGGCAUUUGCUUUUUGGAGUGUUUGAAAUGGUUUUUAAAAAGUUUCAAUUCGCCAAAAAUAUUUUGAAUUACUGUAUUCUAGUCAAUAUGAUAUUGAAUGUACUAGACUAACAAUAAACAUUUGGUGCAAUUUGGAAA